GCGCGGGGUCUCGUGGGCUCGGAGCACGGAACGGGCCCCGGGGGGCUGGGCGGUGUGAGCAGAGGCAGGGCCGGGCGUAUGAGCACCUCUUUCAGUUCCCUUUCCUGCCCGAAGUCACAAACGCACGGUGGCAGGGUCAGUUCCCCUCUGCAGCGUCAGGCGUCCUGACACCAGAGCUCCGGUGUCCCGCUGCUCCUCGGGCAGAGCUGCACCGUGGCGCCAGGGCUGCCCGCAGGACCCCGCGAGGGGUCUGCAGUGCACAGGGCUGCUGCAGGCCUGGCUCCCAGCCCUCCUUCACUAUGAGUUCUCGCAGCCUUUUUGCUCCAGGGCCCUGCUGGGCUUCCAUCCCUCUCCCCGGGCCUGGCAGACUCACCAGGCGCAGCCACUCUGCCAGAGGUGCGCAGUGCUGGGCUCGCGCCUCACGAGGGACGAUGACACAGGUGUCCUCCUACCCCCGGACUGGCUUGAGAUCCGAGCCCCCAGGACAAGGACAGCUCCCUGCUUCCUUCCCCACCAGGCUGGCCGUGCUCCGCUGGGUUGGGUGUCUUAGUUGACGCUGCUCCCCCUGGCCAGUGCUGCAGCGCUGUGGGCAGUGGCAGGGGCCCAAGGUGAUGUGCAGCCUGGUAGAAAAUCUGGGGAAACAUGGGGCCACCCUGCCAGAGUUGCUGCCAUCCCACUUCAAAGAGAGCACUGGUAGCACCAGGCAGCGCGGGCGGCUCUGCUGUGGUCUGUGGUUAGUGCAGGCAUGGGAAGCGUGGUGCAGGGAAGACCUCACCUCAGGGCGUGGGUGAGCACGUGAGUUGGAACACGCAUGCCAGCAGCUGUGGCCAUGCAGGAGCGUGGCGGAGUAGUGUCAUUUCACAAGUCUCAUCUCUUCCAGUGCUGGGGGCCUGGUGACGCCGUAAGAUGCUCUGAUAAGCAGUAUGAGCACAAGGGCAAGUGCUGCAACCGCUGUCAGCCAGGGGAAAAGCUGGUCUCUGAAUGCAAUGCCACAAAAGACUCUGUCUGCAUCCGGUGUGAGAGUGGACACUAUCAGCAGAGCUGGACCAAGGAGCGGCACUGCACCCCCCAUGACAUCUGUGAAGACAACACCGGCCUCAUUGUGAAGACGCACGGAAACGCAACGCACAACACGGUGUGCCAGUGCCAGGCCGGCAUGCACUGCUCAGACACCAGCUGCCAGACCUGCGUGGAGAACCAGCCCUGCAAGCAGGGCUUUGGGUUCGUGGCAGCCAAGGCCGUGGCUCGGACGUCGUCCCCCUGCGAGCCCUGUCCAGAAGGCACCUUCUCCAACGUCUCUUCCAAAACCGAGCCAUGCUACCCCUGGACAAGCUGUGAGGAAAAGGGGCUUGCGCUGAAGGAGAAAGGGACAAACACUUCGGAUGUGAUCUGUGAGUUGGGCAGGCGCUCUUCGCUGUCUGUGCUGAUCCCCAUCACGGCCGCGGUCGUCACCUGUCUCGUGGGCAUCUGCAUCUACUGCCUGGUCCACACAGACCUGAGGCGACGCGUGCCGAAGCAGGUCGAGGCCGGGGUGCCCCGGGAGAUGGAGAGACAGGAGCCCAAGGAAGACGGGGAGGACAUCUUCCCUGUGCAGGAGACUCUGCUCGGGGGCCAGCCUGUGGCCCAGGAGGACGGCAAGGAGAGCCGCAUCUCGGAGCAGGAGAGGCUGUGAGGGCGCAGGGCACCACUGACAGGAGCACAGCCCGGGGCCAGCGCCCUCUGCUCUGCCCCCUCUCCAGCCGGGGAGGGAGCUGAAGCCUCCGGCCGGCCGCAGACGCGGUGGGGCCGCGGCACGACCGGGAGGGGGCCGCAGCGGCGCCCGGCCCAGCCGCCGGCCGGGGGGGCCGUGGCGGAGGGGGCCGACGGCCGGUGCAGGACGGCGGGGCCGCGGCGCUGCCGGGCAGCCUCGGGGGGGCGGCGCCCAGCUCGGCCGCCGGAGCCGGGCCCGUGGGCUCCGGGACGGGCAGGCGGCAGCGGCCGGGGCAGGGCCGCGGCCCCGGGCCCGCGCUCGGGGUGAAUAAACGCCAGCCCCGG